GUAAAUUCUUUUUUUUUCCAAAAAACAACCUUUUUAAGCAAUCUACAGAUUUCUCCAUAUUUUUAAUAUGUUAAUCCCUAAAGAAAUAAAUAUUAAUGGAGAACAUAAACUUAUAAAAGAAGAAAACAUAUCUCUUCAUGAAGAAGAUGGUUUUUGCAGUUCAAGCCAUAACGAUUUAACGUAAUGACAUGUGAAACAGUAUAUAUUAAUAUAUAAUAUUCAUCUUUUUUAGGGAUAUUCAUUCUUAUAAAGAACGAUGUAAAGAGCUAGAAAAGGCAUUGAUGGAAACCCGUUCUGCUUUAGAUGACUUUCAAAUAACAAGCAAAGAAUUUGAAGAUGCUCUAGAACAAGAACUUGAACAUACAGAGAAACAAUACCAGGCAUUAAAGGAAAAGAACUUGUCACUACAAAAAGAAGUAGAACGAUGGAAGGCAUGAAAAACUAAAUAAAGGAAAUUCUACUAAUGUUUUUGCAAAAGAACAUGUAUGAACAGUAUCGAAAAGAAAAUACAAUAUCAACAUUAGCAAUGCAACAAGAAAUUGAAACACUUAGAGAAACACAUAAAUCUAUCAAGUCUAAAGUUACUGACCUGGAACUGAGCAAUGAUGCAAUAGAACGCAGGGAGAGAGCAGUUCAAUCAUCCUUUGAAGAUUUAGGGACUAAAUAUAAUAAAGUAUUAGAAGAAAAUGCUCUUCUUGAAGCAGAACUUGCUACCCAAAAGUCACUAGAAAUCGAUAACCAAAGAUUAAAAGAUGAGCUGCGUGACACAUGUCUUGAGCUUUCAUUAACAAAGGAAAAACUUAAGCAACUACAAGCAGAAAAAGAAGAAAUAGCAUCAAAAGUGUUACUGUGGCGCCAUACACACCGUCCUCCUAACUCUUCAGUAACACAAACAACUAUACCAACGACAAAUGCAAUUCAGGAAGAAGAAAAACAAGCAACAGACGAUGAUCAGAUUAAUACAUCAUCCAUAAUACCAACACAGGAAACAAAUGAAAAGCAUGCCCAGCCUUAUUCAGUCAAAGUGGUGCAAGAAAUGACAAAGCGUGUCAAAAAUCUUGAAUUACGUCUUCAUUCAUGUCGUAUGCUAAUAAAGCCACUCUCAUCACGUUCAACACAAUAUGGUUCACCUCUCCCUAUUAUGAUGCCUAAAUUAAACAACCAUCAUGACAAAGCAUCAGAAACUACGGACUCAUCAUAUCAUAGGCCUGCAUCAUCACCACCAAGUCUCCAGCAUACAGAAACAUCUCAGAGAGACUCAUCAAUAAAAAAUACUGAAUCGCUGUCUAACAAUUUAUUAAUUCAUUCACAUAAAUCCAAGAUGCCAGUAAGCAAGAUAACUCCUAAGACACCAGAAACAUCACCACUUAAGAAAAAUACACAUGAAUCACCUAGUAAUAUGAAAAGUAGUCUAAAUAGAUCAUUCCGAAGGUUUUCAAUAAAGAAAAUGGCAUUUGAAGGAAGUCCUAUGAAAUCUCCAAAAAGACAAGCCAUGCCUUCUGCAAUACCUGUUCCUAAAGAAGGACUUAAAAGGAGGAUAUCUAAUAUUCCUCAGAGCAUCCAUCCUAUAAAACUUACACAAAGCUUAUUGAAAAAAAAAAAUAGCAACAUAUUUGAAACAUCGUCCAACCAUCCUCAACGGAAGAUUAUCCAUAUGUCAAGCCUAAUCAACUUAUCUAGACAUAAAUAGAAAAUACACAGUGCGGCUCGAAGCAAUGCCAUAAAUACCCUAC